UCACAUGACAGACGAGAUUAUUUGUUGUUCAUAUCUUUGAUUUAAGACGGACGGACGGACAAUACCGUUGUCUGGAAGUAGAAACUGUCGGUUUGGCCUUUGUAGCAUACGGCGCUAAUACGAAACAGGAAAUCCAAAAUGGCGGGCUGAUGUUUGCGGAAAGUUGAAGAAGCAAGGCCAAGUAGCUAGCUAAACUAUCACAGCCUAGCCAACAACCAAUGUUGUGGUUUUCUGUGAUAAUCUAUAUGAUAUAUCACAUAUCUUUGUUUAAGGGCCCAAUAUCUUUGGCUGUAGCACGUACACAUGAUUGUUUGGCAAGCAAUGCUAGUUGGCUAACUGUUUGUCAGCCUGUAAAACACUUGACACUACUAGCAUAACGUUAGUUACUACAUUUCUGUUAGUGAAGUUUACAUAUUGGCAGAGUUUUAUUAUUUGUGAAUUUGCAUGGCUAUCGAUUUGAAUUUGUGGACUGAAAGGCAUUUUGCAAGUUGUAACACUAGCUAGUUGGUCAGCUACCUAGCUCGGUGGCUAGCUUCUUGUCUCGCCACCAGCAUCAGACCAAUGAUUUUCGCGCAGACGUCGUUUAAGCCAAUUGAGAACACGGCGCAGGUUUGCUAGGUCUCUGACCCGACACUUUCUGUCGGCUAGGACGACCAAGGCCAUCCGCUCUUUUUUCCCAAGAAGCAUAUGCCGUUUUUAAAGGAUACACGACUUUUAGGUCCAGUUUUUUUACCUUCAUAUUUCUUUGAAUUUGAUUCGAUUUUUUUUAUUUUUUAGAUAAAAUAUCCAGCCAACGUUAUUGCUUGCAGGUGAACAUUCACAUUGUAGCAGCUUUGCGUUGCUAUUGGAGCGUUGUGCUGCUCCCCUUUCGAGCCCGCUGAGUCUGAUUGGAGGGCUGGGAGUUGGGAUCCCGCCCCCGCAGCGCCUCUUAUGCCACGCCUCCCUGCUUCUGGCCCAGCUCAAAGCACAGAUCGCCAUCAAUCAGCUCGUUGCCGCGGGAAACAUCGCCAACGCCGUUACCUGCGCCAACCCCACACUACCCUCUCCUCACCCCCAUCCUCCUCUUGCCCUCUUCCUCAACCUCUUGAAAGCGGCAGCCACCACCAAUAACAUGUACCAUCCCCAAUAUAAUCCGUUAGGGGGUCAGUACUCUUCACAAGCACAGAGAACACCAGCCCAGAUGGGACGGUAUGGACUCCCACAAGCCCAGUCUGGGAUGGACCCUCUGAUGGCCUCACGCUCAGGUCUGGGCCCUGUCUCUGCUGGUGGUUCCUCUGGUUUUUCCAGCCAGGGGGGCAUGAUGUCCUCGAUGGGGUACAACCUGGGGCAGGGAUCAGCCGGGAUGGCCCCGGAAAUGGAGACCUCUAUAGACCACCACAUCCGCUGGGCCAGAGAGGAUGUGAGGAUGCUCAGCCAGAUGGUGCAGCAGAAACAGAACCAGCAGGCCCAAAUGAACGCCAGGAAUCUUCGCCUAAGUCGCGACCCCAGGGACGAGCUUUCGUCUAGCGGAGUUAUGGGUAGCUACAACCCUGGCCGGUCCUGCAGCGACCAGCAGAGCUCCAUGGCCUCCUGGUCUGGCCACCUGACCCAGUCUGCUUCCUCUAAACCCUUCUCCUCCCCACUCCCUCAGUCGUCCCCUUCCCCCUCCCAGAUGUACCAAAGCCAAACCUCUGGUUUUGGGGGUGCGGCAGAGCCGGGACCCACCUCAAUGGGUUCUGAGGCGCUCACGAGUGUCUCCGCCUCGUCUGGCACCAAUCCUCCAGCCCGGUACACGUCAGAGUCCGCCAGCAACAUCCUGGCAAGUUUCGGCUUGUCCAACGAAGACCUGGAGCUCCUGAGCCACUAUCCAGACGAACAGCUGACCCCAGACAACCUGCCCUUCAUCCUCCGAGACAUCUGCAUCCGUAAGGCCAAUAGAAACAUGGAUGUGGACCAUCGGCCCCGGGCUGACGACAGACCCAGCCCGGGGUCGGACCACUUAGGUGGAGGACAGAGCAAAGUUAUCGAUUAUGGAAAUAUUGACGCUACUAAAUACGGCAGUUAUGAUAAUAUUCGCUCCAAUAGUUACGGCGGGCGAGAUCCGCUCCCGAGAGAGUGGCUCAAAUACGCCGUAGUCAGAGACUCUCCAAGCGGGCACACCGGGACGCCGUACGGUAGUGUUGGAGACUCUCCAAGCGGGCACACCGGGACGCCGUACGGUAGUGUUGGAGGAUCCAUGACCUCGGUCCUUUCCGAGCAGCGUACCCAACAGCAGAUUUGCAGCGCUACUGUCCAGAGUUCUAUCUCUCUCCCCAAGAAUGACACCGACACUCGUAUCGGUUUUCCUCCGCCUUCCAGCCUAACCCAAAAGACCCUGAGAACCCACGACUUAUCUAAAGCGGCACCCAAACCUAUGAACAUCCCUGUCCACGGCGGAGACCAUGGACUCGACCGACUCCUCUCGUCUCAGAAUCGAGGCGCCGCUCGGGGCCAGGUUCAGCCUCGGUCCGACCUGGUGGUUCUUAGCGGUGGUGUUGGAGGAGAUGCAGGACUCGGGAUUGGAGGUGUCCCGGUCGGAUUUCCUCCUCCCACGCCACCCCUCAUGUGGCCUCCCUUAUUCCCCAUCAUGAAUCCGUCGGUACCUCCUCCCGGUCACGUUCCGGUGACUGGUCCGCCUCCCCGGAUGGGUCCACCGCCGUCGAUYUUCCAGCAGAUGAACGUCCCACCCCCAACGUUGAUGAUGCCGACGAAGUUGCCGGCUCCGACCACGAUGAGUGAUUACUCCGCAGCUUCUCCCAGAAUCUUUCCUCAUACCUGUUCUCUCUGUAACGUAGAAUGUGCCCAGUUACAGAACUGGAUAGAACAUCAAAACACCAGCCUACACAUCGACAACUGCCGGCUGCUCAGGAAAUUGUAUCCUGACUGGAACGGGGAAACUGUGACAAGCCCGGCUCCCAGUAGAAAUAACAAUAACCAGUCUUCCUCCAAACGUCGUCAGACGACACACACCACCUCCCGUUCUCCGUCCUGGUCUCGCUCUCCUUCUCCUCGCCUCUCCUCCUACCACACCACUUCGUCCUCCUCCGCUGCUCGCCGACCUCGAUCCAGGGAACGAUCCCGGGAACGUAGACACAGCGCCGCCACACGGCGUUCCCGGUCUCCUGGUUCGCGCCGGGAGCGUGACCCUCCGGCGGCGUCUUCUUCGCACUGGGAUCGGGAACGUCGGCGUUCCCGCUCGCCCCGGACUACUUCUUCAUCCCGGAGGUCGCGUUCUAGGAGCUAUGAGCGGGAGCGCCGGGACACGAGGAAGAACAGCCCUUCAGGAGGAGGAGGAGGAGGAGGAGGGAAGAGCAGACAGCAGAAGUCUAGCAGUGCUGAGAGACUGGCCAAGAAACUACUGGAGUCAUCUGCUGGCCUCUCCCUGACUAAGAACACCAGUCUAGAAGUGAUGUUGCAGUCCCUGGCCCCUGCUCUCCUGGCAGAGCUCGCCAAAAAGAAAGGCGCCACGUCCGCCAAGGCAGGUGCCGGCAAGAGGGGCCACUCCUCUCGGAAGACUGAAACGGGAACGUCCAAGGGUGGCAAGGCAGUCACCGGAUCUGGGAGGGCAUCAACCAAGAAAUCCUCCUCACCCUCCAAAUCCUCCUUCAAAUCAUCCAACUCAGCUUCUUCCAAGGCUAAGAAGAAGGGAGCCCCAGAGACAUCGGCUUUCUUAAGACUAAAGAAUAUCCCCCCCAACACACAGUUCACUAACGACACUAAAGAAUAUCCCCCCCAACACACAGUUCACUACCGACACUAAAGAAUAUCCCCCCCAACACACAGCUCACUAACGACACUAAAGAAUAUCCCCCCCAAC